GAUCUGCUACCCAAUCGUCUUCACCCUAGUCGUUGAGGGUCAGAGUUUGGGCUAUAUGCUUUUAAAGUCGACAUCGACAUCUCAUGAGAUGCGAGUUGAGAUAUUGUAAAAAGAUAAUUAUCGUAAAAUUUAUACGAAAAUGUCGAGUCCUGUUUCUCAUAGGGAUGAGUCUACGGACUUGAGUCCUACAGUUACAAAUACGUCAGUGGAUUCGGAGCCGAAGAAGACGGGCAAGAGAGUGCUGUCAUGUGUGCUCUGCCAACAGAGGAAAAAGAAAUGCGAUCGGAAGAGUCCGUGUUCAAAUUGCAUAAGGCUCAAAACAGUCUGCACUCCAAGUUUACCAGCUCCGCCAAGGAAGCGCAGACGUCCGAAUCAAGAUCUUCUGGAAAGACUUGCGAGAUGCGAAGAACUUCUCAGGCAUUGCACUUGCAUAAGACUUCCAACACCAGAGCAUAGUCCGCCAAAUCAACGCGAGCAAUCACCGUUGAGUUUACACGACGGUGAUGAUUUGAAAAGGAAGAGAAGCAGAGAGCCGUCGCCUACAGAAGCAGAGUGAUGGACACCUGGAGUCGUUCUCUCGUGCGAAUAAGUUCUCCAAGAAAAUAUGGAUGGUCGGUCGGUUUGUUGUUUGACAUUGAAGUCUUCCUGGCAUGAAGCUUCACAUUUCUUGAGACCCGGUUUCUUGCGAUUGGGGCUUUGACUUCAUGGGAGUUGAGGUCUUUCUUUGGGGAUGGACCUUUUGGCAGACGUUGAUGGAUGACUUGCCUGCAUUUAUGACGAUACCCAGUUCAUUUCUUUCAAUGUCUCAAUUCCUGAGCUACAAAAUAAUCAUUUUGCACGAUCCCUCCUUAUACAAGACGACCAGAUACUUAUACAAUCACCAUCCAAACCUAGUCGUUCAAACACGCGGCAGCUCGCGUUUAGAAUAGCGAAACCGAAAUGCGAAAACGUAAAAAACCUGGGGCCUUUGAGUUACUCGGACAGAUCUGACCCUCCAUCAGCAAAGCCAUUACAGGGGUGAGUUACAGGGGUCACCCACUGAAAACCAAUCAUUUGGCGGCCCGCUUUUCAAGGGUUGCAGGUGAUCAAUUGACCUGAGGAGAUCAGGCCAACCAUAGCGUUGUCUUGACAGAAUUGGUGGCGUGAGCUUAAAGUCAGUGGUCUGAGUGG